AUGUCUGAAGCUCGAAAUCGACUCCAAGCCUACAACUCUUCUCAUAUAUUUACAAAUGAUGACCUUUCUGCUCCAUCUCAAAGGACUCGCACUCCUCAAAAUUUCAGGAAGUCAGACUCAAAUUUUUUAAAUAAUACCUCAAGAGAAUCUCCAAAUUCUCGCAUUAUUAGAAAUACUUUUGCGAAUCAAAAAUACAACCAAAGAAGUGAAGUCUUAGAUGGAUGUGUAGAACAAGCUAAAACCUGUAAAGAAGAAGUAAAACCUGCAAAAAUCGAUACAAGAACCAUGAGCCCAGCAGGAGUAAAACCUGCUGAUAUUGAUGUCAGCCCUAGACCAAGAGUUUGUCAAACCAUGAAAAGCAGCGUUUUUACCCCAAGCAGUAUUCCUGCACCAAGGAUUAGCCCACACAAGCCAAGAGACCAAGAAUCCUUAUUAGGCAGUGAGCCUCUUGUUUUUUAUAAAAAAUCAAUAAACGAACAUAUAGAAACAAAUGAAUUUUUUGAGCCAAGAUAUAAAGAAGAUUCAGCAGCUGAAAGAAAAGCAAAAGAAUUCCAUGGAGGACUUGCGAUUGAAAUCGAUAAAAAAUCUGAAAGAAAUGACUCCCCAAUAAAAACUGUUAAACAAUUAAAAGAAGAAAAUCUAGCCUCCUCGCACUUUGAAACUACCAGAAAAAGCUAUGACAACCCAAAAAUUCUGAAGGAAAAUAACGAACAAAUUGGGUUUUCGCCUGAACGAAGAAAAGCAGAAAUGAGAUCAAGCGCGAUUUUUGAUGACAGAAAAGUUGUAGAGGUCCCUAAAGAUCAGAUUGAAAAACCUGAUGACUCUUUAAGGAGAAAAGACGCAAAUUAUUCUGAUUUAUUUGGAAAUUCACAUUAUUCACCCAAGAAAAAAAUAACCGAAAAGCUUAUUUCAGCGACAGAAAAGUGGACCGAAAGUGUGUCGCCUUUAAACAAAAGCCAAGGCUACGACCCUAAAACUCAGCUUUAUAAGAACUUGCGGGCUUCUCACGAGUCCUCAGAGCCAGUCACCAUACAAACCGAAAACUCUGAGCCGGAAAAACAAAUACACAACAUGCCAAACUGUUCACCAGCAAAGCGUUUGAAAGCAAAAGAGCUGGUUUCUUCAUUUCAAGACUUCAAGGAUUAUUCUAAUUAUACCCCUGUUCUCUCAAAAGAUCUCUUAUGCUAUUUACCAAUUAUUAUUAUUUUUUUAAAAAAAAAAAAAAUUAUGCUUUUAGCAGAAAAAAUAGAAUAAUCUGAUUGAGCUUGACCUUAAAGGAUUAUCCUCUACUAUGACUGACCAAGACUUAAAAAAAAUUUGCAGUAGUGUGCACAUUGUUUCAGCCAGAGCUGAAAUUGAUAAUUUUACUGGAAAAUGUAAAGGGACUGGAAGGAUUAAAGUAAGGACAAAUUCAAUGAGAGAAAAAGAACUGAAAAGCCUCGAAAUGACCCUUGCGGAGAAAGGAAUUGCGUUUAAAAACCCUGAAAACGAAAAAAAAUGCAGCAAUAAGCAGGCGAAACCUAAAAGUCAAGAAACUAGUGCAUUAGUAGCGAAAAUGAAAAACCUUGAAAGCUCUGAGGUGUUUGGGAGCGCUGGGAGGUCUAGUAAUCAGUGGAGACAAUCAGUGAAGAGGGUCGGAACUGAUGAGCAAUUUUUGUCACAGCUGCAGUGGAAGAUGACACGUAAAGCUUAA